GUGUUGCUUCGACGCGCGGGUGGCCUGUUUGGAGACAUUACCUUCACGUGGUCGACGCACGACGGUGUGUUCAACAACGCCAGUCUUGCCUCGCAACGCAAUGCAUCGGGUGCCAUGUCUGACUAUGUCGUGGCCAACCAGCAACGCGUCAUCUUCCCUGCCGGUGUGGACCGAAUGAACCUGAAUGUCGUCAUUCUCGAUGACACGGUGCCCGAGCUGGACGAGUACUUUUACGCUCAGCUCGACGGUGUGCCGAUUGGCGGCGCCGUCAUCGAUCCAGUCAACAACUAUACAAACCUCUGCAUUGCCCGCAACGACAACCCGUACGGCCUGCUCGGAAUCGAACUGCCCAGCCCGAUGACCCUUGGUCCGAACGGCCAGCACCGCUUUAUUGUGUACGAAGGCGGCUUUGUCAACGUGACCAUCCACCGCUACUAUGGCACCUUCCACACCGUCUCUGGCGUCGUUUCGCUCGUAAAUGAGAACACGACCAACGCCGACUUUGGCAACGUCAACAACAUUGCCGUGACGUUCGCCGAGGGCGUGUCUUCCGUCAGCGUGGCGUGGCCAAUCGCCAAUGACCUUGCCAACGAGCCGUACGAGAUGUUUGGUGUCAAGUUGGUCGCGAACGGCGCGUCGUCCGGCCAGGAAGCCACGUCUGUCGUGACCACCAGCUCGCUGGACUCGUAUCUGCCAUGCGUUAUCGAUGCGAGCUCGUCGAGCGGUGUCAUCCGGUUCCAAGACACAUUGCUCUCAGUGGAAGAAGCAGACGGUGCAGCUGUAUUCACUGUCGUACGAGAAUUGGAUGGCGCUGGCGAUGUUACCUACUCGACGAAUGCGAUGACUGGAACGGCACCAGGAUCUGACUUUGAUGCUUCGAACGAGAACAACACUCACGUCCUGCCCCUCACGGACCGUACCCAGCAGUUCUCCAUCCGUGUCGCCGAAGACACCAUUCCGGAAGCAGACGAAACCUUCUUCGUUUCCCUGGUGAAUGUCACUGGUGCACUCGUCUCGUGGGCCUCGGUGGCGACCGUCACCAUUCGUGCAAAUGAUGAUGGCCACGGUGUUGUGGAAUUUGCCCCGUCCUCCGAGGUCACGCCUGUCGUGUAUGUGGCUUAUCAGAAUGCCACUCACAUCCGCCUUCCCGUUUGGCGUGAAGUUGCCGCACUCGGUCGCAUCAACAUGACCUUUGAGAUUUCGACCAAUCGCAGUUCGUCGCCCGACUAUCUGGCUCUCUCCACUGUUUACCUCCCCAAGUCCAAAGUCGACAUGACACGCGACAUUGAUCCCUCGACGUACGAAAUUGUCCUCGCUGACGGCCAAAAUGAGACUGAGAUUGUCAUUCCCGUGUUUGAUACUCCUGGCUAUCAAAGCACCAAGUACAUGUUUGUCCGCUUGAAGGAUAUUGGCGGUGGAGCACGCUUCGGUGCGACUCGAGCUGUUGUCGUGCUGAUUGUCGACAAUGUUCCCGCGCCAAACCCCUCUGGUGCCAGCUCGGUGGAUGCUGCCAUCUACAUCAUCAUCCCCAGCGUUAUCGCUCUUUUCCUGUUGCUUUUGCUGAUUGUCGUGCUUCGUCGCCGCAAGCGGCAGAAGCCCGUCGCGGUCGCCCUCAUGCACCGAAACGACCCUGCUGUCGGUCAGAUUGAGCUGAAUCCGCUUCAUCAACUGAAUGAGGAGCGCAACGAUACGUACGACGAUGUUCGUCCCGGUGCGCGUGAAGGCCUUUACGACACGCUCGGUGGCGGUGGCGGUGACGGCACGCUCAGCAACCCGACAUAUGAUACCAACGCGACGUACGAUUCCCUGGGCGGCCAUCAGUCCUCGGAAUAUGAGAGCAUCACCAAGCACUACGACAAUGCCAACGAUUCAAAGAGCCAAGAGGUCGCUCCGGCCUACGGACCAGGGUACACUCGCGUCGUUGGCCGCAGUAGCUCGAAUGCCGACGGGGAUCAUGCACAUCCCGAGCAGUACGCUGCACUGGAUCACGGAGAAGAUGGCGUCUCGGCCGAUCUCAAUGCCAAGAUGCGGGAAGCGAGCGGUGGCGAUGCGCUUCCUGAUUACGACAAUCCUACACCUGCUCCAGAGUACUCCAACCUGGGUGACGGCGGCGCUCAAACGGGUCCCUACAGCCUCCCCAGGUCUGCCGCCCCUGCCCCGCUCUACAGCACGCCUCGCCCUGCUGCACCCGCCCCCAACCCCAACGCUGAAGGCUCGCACUACGACUAG